CUUCUGUCUGCAGAGAUCAUAAGGUAGCCAAACUAGUCUCUGUACACAGACCGUUGCAUCAGGUAAUAUACCAACGCUAGCAUACAUUGCUCCAAUGUCUGGGAUAUCCGAGACAAUAGCCUAACAGGAGUACUCUCAAAUCAAGUUAAUAUAUCUGGGCAUCCUAGCUACAAGAUUGACCAGGCUUUGCCUGAUUUGAUUUAGAAGGCUAAAUUUUGGGCUUAACCUGACCAGAACAUUUUUCAUCAACUGUUUUGUAUCCCAGCAACCUGUCCUCUCAAGGGCUUGUCUACAGGUGAUAAACAUGGAGGUGCAUAAUGCGAUGCAAACAGAUGAAUAUGAUUAUUAUGACCCAAAAGACUACACUGAAGGUUAUCCUGAUGAAAGUGGAACAGAAUAUAUCUGUAACCUGAAUCUCAACCGUGAUAUGGAGAUAGUCAUACAGACCUACGUCCAUUCCUUCAUCUGUGCAUUCGGUCUCUGUGGCAAUGCGUUGGUGAUUGUCACAUAUGCCUUCUACAAGAAAGCCAAGACCAUGACAGACGUGUACCUUCUGAACGUGGCUGUGGCAGAUCUGCUGUUCAUCGUGACCCUGCCACUCAUCAUCUACAAUGAGAAGCAUGACUGGAGCAUGGGCUCAGUGGUCUGCAAGGCCCUACGAGGAGCCUACAGCAUCAACCUGUACAGUGGCAUGCUCCUGCUGGCCUGCAUCAGUGGAGACCGCUACAUCUCCAUCGUCCAGGCCAGGCGCUCCUUCGGCCUCCGCUCCCGGACCCUGAUCUACAGCCGCCUCAUCUGCACAGCCAUCUGGGCUCUGGCCAUAGCCCUGUCUAUCCCCACAGUCAUCUACAACGGGCGGGUUGAGGAGACCAACCGGUUGGGAGAGACUAUAGCCGUGUGCCAGGCUCAGUUUGAAAGUAACAAGACAGCCCGGCUGAUAAAGGUGCUGGUACCCAGUCUGCAGAUGACCAUAGGGUUCUUCCUGCCCAUCCUGGUCAUGGUCCUCUGUUAUGCCAGCAUCAUCUGGACCCUCCUGAGGGCCCACAGCACCCAGAGACACAAGGCAGUGCGUGUGGUCCUAGCUGUGGUUGUGGUCUUUAUCGUGUGCCACUUGCCCUACAACAUGGCCCUGCUCUACCACACAGUGGCUCUGUUCCAGCAGAGGGAGUGUGAGGAGGAGAAGGUCAUCCUCACCACCCUCACCACCACCAGGAGCGUGGCCUACCUCCACUGCUGCCUCAACCCCAUCCUGUACGCCUUCGUCGGGGUCAAGUUCAGGAACCACUUCAGGAAGAUCCUGGUGGAUCUGUGGUGCCUGGGCAGGAAGUACAUCUACCCCUCGGGUCGCUCCUCACGCAUGACCUCUGAACUCUAUAUCCCAGCUCGCAAGUCCACUGACGGAUCCAACAAUGAGAAUGGCUCCUCGUUCACCAUGUGAAGAUGGGAGUAGGUUGAGAUUGCCUCCAACUACAGGAAGUCCAGUAGUGACUGUUAUUAUGAGCAUUUGAUUGAUGCUGUAGCUACAGUACAUGGUAUUUGUAACAUGGAUGCUGAUAAUUAUGUAUUGAAAUUGCUCUAAUGACCAAUAUUCCUCUUUGCUUAUCAAUGCCAAUUUGUUUCACAGCAUGAUACUGCUUUUUGUCAAAAUAUAGCCAAGAAUUACUAAAACAUAAAAACAAUAGAAUAAAAAUUUACUGGAUGCAAUCUAAUAGAAUACAAUGACACUAUGUGUCUUUAAAGUAAAUGUAUUUGUCUAGAAAAUAUCUCAUCUCUCUUAAAAAUAACUCUAAAAUACAAAUAAGCAUUCACUAGUUCCAUGGGAUGUUUUGCAUAAACCAGUCUUUCAGUAAAAGUAAUUUGGUGCCAAAGGGGAGCUUUCCAAAUGAAAGUGUGUGUGGGCUACGGAAAGAUACAAAAUGGUGCAGUUUGAGGCAAUAUGGUGGAGAGUGAUGCUGGAGAUGGCGGGGUGAGCAGGUGUGAUGUUGCCAUUUGUAUAUGUAAGUUUUGUUUUGUAUUGUUAUUGUUAAAAAAUAUGUAUACAGUACCAGUCAAAGGU